AUGGCAUGGUGGUGGCAGCUCCUGCUCGGUUUGUGGACAGUCAUGCCUAUCUGGGCUGGGGACGAGCUAGUCAACGUCUGCAUGGAUGCCAGACCCCACAAGAGAAAGCCCAGCCCAGAAGACAAGCUCUAUGAUGAGUGCACACCCUGGAAGGACAGUGCCUGCUGCACAGCCAAGACCAGCUGGGAGGCCCACCUGGAGGUGUCUCCACUCUACAACUUCAGCCUGGUUCACUGCGGACUGCUGCUGCCUGGCUGCCUCAAGCACUUCAUCCAGGCCAUCUGCUUCUAUGAGUGCUCCCCAAACCUGGGGCCCUGGAUCCGGCCGGCGGCCCCGAGCAGCCGAGGACAGCGGGCUGCGGCUGUCCCGCUGUGCCGGGAGGACUGCGAGGAAUGGUGGAAGGACUGCAGCUCGUCCUACACCUGCAAAGCCCACUGGCACGUCGGCUGGGACUGGAGCCGGGGGAGGAACCAUUGCCCGGCAGGAGCCCAGUGCCUCCCUUUCCCCCACUACUUCCCCACACCGGCUGACCUGUGCGAAAAGAUUUGGAGCAACCUCUUCAAGGCGAGCCCCGAGCGCCGGCACAGUGGGCGAUGUCUCCAGAAGUGGUUUCACCCUGCCCAGGGCAACCCCAAUGUGGCCGUGGCCCGUCUCUUUGCCAGCCCUGCCCCAUCCUGCAAACUCCCCUACAUCCUCACCGCCUCCGCUCUGUUUCUGUUGAUCCUUUUCUGA